AUGGUCAAGGUGCUAUUCGCUGGCGAUGUUGGGGGCAAGGUCGAGGCCCUGUUCAAGCGAGUGGCAGCUGUCAAUUCUUCCAAUGGACCAUUUGACAUGCUGCUGUGCACCGGAGGGUUCUUUGCGGGCUCUGGCCCUGACGAUGACGAGUACAGCGGGGAGUUGCUGCCAUACAUCACGGGGGAGAAGAAGGCGCCAGUGCCCACCUACUUUGUAGGCGGCUGGGGCCACGGCAGCAAGCAGGCGCUCGAGGCGCUGCCAGCCUCUGAGGGCAAUGUGAAGUACCUGGGGCGCAGCGGCGUGGUCACCGUGGGCGGGCUGUUGGUGGCCUUCUUGGACGGCCAGUACAAUGCAGCUGCCUUUAGGACACAGGAGCCCACCGGCACCAGCAGCGUCGGCCCCGGCUGCCGAUACUACGCAGAGAGCGAUGUGGACCGGCUGAAGCUGGGCCUGGCCAAGGCAGAGGGUGACAUCGAUGUGCUGCUGACAUGCGAGUGGCCGGCAGGGCUGUGCGAUGGGCUGCCCGAUACCGCCAAGCCGCAGGGCGUGCCGUUGGAUGGGGCUGCCAUGUGUGCGGAGGUGGCCCUGGCGUGCCGGCCGCGGUACCAUGUGGCAGCAGGCAAGCGCGCAUUUUUUGCCCGCGCGCCUUACUUGAAUUCCGACCUGGGUGCGGGAGGGCACGCGACGCGCUUCAUUGGGCUGGCAGAGGUGGGCAACACCAGCAAGCAGAAGUGGCUGCAUGCGCUGGCACUGACGCCUGCCGCAGAGAUGACGCCAGAGCAGCUGACGGCGGUGCCAGAGGGUACGACCAAGUGCCCUUACGAGGUGGCCAGUAGAAAGCGCGGGGCGGAUGCCAUGGACGAUGAGCAGCUUGGGGCGCAGGACUGGCGGUGGCAGCAGCGCGGCGGCAAGCGGCAGCAGGGGGGGCAGCAGCAGCGGCUGCCCGUCGCGGCGCCGAGCUUAGGGCGGCAAGAUGUUGUGAAGGACAAGAGCAAGACGGCCUUUGUGCGCAAUGUGCCCUUCAGGCAUGCCCCAGCCGCUGCGCAGCUGGCCUGCCUGCCUGCCUGUCCUUUUUUGGCCACCGAAGACGACCUGGUGGAGUUCUUCAGCCAGUGCGGCACGGUGGUGGACCUGGUGCGGCGCACCAACAAGGAGGGCAAGCUCAACGCCUUCUGCCACAUCCAGUUUGACAGCGUGGAAGCCAUGGAGCGGGCGUGCCAGGUCACCGGCUCACAGCUGAUGGGCCGCACGCUAUACAUAGAUGCCGCCACCAGCGGCGCUGAAGCCAAGGCGCGCGCCGCGAAGCCCGUGGAGGGGUGCUGGUUCUGCCUGAGCAACCCCAAUGCCGACGUUGAGCUGGUUGCGUCCGUGGGCGAGGAGUGCUACGUGGCUCUUGACAAGGGGGCCAUCACCGACCAACACGUGCUCAUCCUGCCUGUGGAGCACUUUGCCAGCUCGCAGGCAGCCCCCAGCAGCGCCACCGAGGAAAUGCAGCGGUACGUGUCGGCGCUGCGCAGCUGCUUUGCGGCUUCCGGCAAGGAGCUGGUGGGAUUCGAGCGGUACAUGGCCCUGCGCAAGAGCGGCGGCAACCACUGCCACUUCAACGCCAUUGCAGUUCCAUCCGCUGCUGCCAAGCAGGCGCAGGAGGCGUUUGAGCGGGGCGCGGCGCGGCACGGCUUCGAGCUGCAGCACCUGCCAAAGGUGGCGGGCGAUGCGGCGGCACGGGAGCAGCUGAAGGCCGCAGUCGGGGAGGGCGAGUACUUUGUUGCGGUGCUGCCCGACGGCAGCCGCCUGGUGCACCCCAUCGCCUACGGCGAGCGCUUCCCGCUCAACUAUGGUCGGGAGGUGCUGGCUGAGCUGGCGGGCGUGCCCCAAAGGGCGGACUGGAAGGCGUGUGCGGCCAGCAAGGCAGAGGAGGAGGCGCGGACGGAGCGGUUCAAGGCUGCCUUCCGUGCGUACGACAUCAUGCAGUAG